AUGGGUUGUUGUUAACAAAUGCCUGUGAAAGAGAAACUAUAGAAUUUUGAAGCUGGACAGAUCUCAUUUAAAGAAGAAAUUUCACCUAAAACACUGCAAAUGCAACCAUUCUCUUUAAAUUUAAUUAAAGGGGAUACAGAUAGUAUAGAUAACCUAGAAAACGUCGAAAGACUAGGGAGCACAUGUGUUGAUAAUGCAUUGAAUGAGAAAUAACCAAGCAGAAUAGAGAAAGAGGAGAAUGUUGAAUUUAAGGAUGAUGUAUUUAUUAACCUGAGAUAAACUUAAAAUCCACUCUAAUUAGUUCGAGAUAGCAGUAGCAAAAAUCUUAACAAAAAAUUUAUAGGAAUGCUUUGA